AUGUCAAGAGCAAAUAGUCCCGCAGCUCCACAAGGAAAUAAUGAAAAUCAACAAGUGGCAGAUAAUUUUGAAGGGCCCAUGAGGAGGCCACGGGAUGAAAAUGUACCGCCGCCUCCUCCUCCUGCUGCUGCUGCUGCUGCUCAGCCUCCACAAAUACGGCAGAGAACUGAAGGGGGGCCCAACUGGACUAUGGAUAGUAAGGUGAGGGAUGUGCUGCUGGAUGAUUAUGCGGGUUUGCGUAAUUUGACACUGCAUGACUUUUUGCUGAAAAAGUUUUUAAACACGUAUAACACAGAGAAUGUGGCCAUGGAUGUGUUUGUUCAAAGCCCAGGGGAUUAUAUUUUGGAUGCCGGGAUUCUAGAAAGGAUACAGCGGCUUUAUCAGUUUGAGGAAUAUAAAGAAUUAUAUGACCAAUUCUCUGAAAUGAAGCGGAAAGCAAGGUACCUUGAUGAAAAAGAAAUUUACUACCUCAGUCAGUGGGAGGAGAAGGGGACAGUGGAAAUAAGAGAAUUUGUUGGUCCCGUGGCGAGGGGAAGGUUGGAUGGAGCGGUGACGGCCGCCAAGAGAGCGGAAAAGCGAGCUGCCCAAACAGCUGAUGGUAGCGAACUUAAAGGAGUAUAUGAUUCUAUAUACAAUGCGACGUGGAGUUAUGUGGAGUCGGGUCAUGAUACAGAGCCACUUGGAAUGAAAGUGUUCAAUGGAAGACCGCCACACAUGUGGACGAAGGAGGAGGUUGAUGUCAGUCACACUCCGGAAACUAUGAACGAACCACUUCCCCGUCACGGUAACUUGGAGAUUGCUGUGCUUACAUCUCAAAUGGGUUGGCCAUACACGUCUUUCGAAAAGAACCCAAAUGAUUAUGAUAUUAAUCAUGAGAAGGGAGUGGAGUAUGUUUUUAAAAGUGAUGUUUAUAUCCGCAGGGAAGCACUGAGGGUGUGGUACAAGGUGGAGAAUGUGCUUAACCGGUGGCUUAUGGAUGAAGUGAUUGUUGACGAUGCGUCUAAUGUUCUUAUUGGUACACCUGGUAUUGGUAAAUCGUUUUCCGUGGGAUCCCUACUGUUAUACAAACUACUGCAUUAUGAAGCGAGUCAGCUUCAGAUUAUCAUAUACGUUGUGAGGGGUAAGGCGUAUGUGUUUCACAAACCCAUAGGUGGUCGAGCAGGAUAUGUUACGUUUUACAAUGAUUAUGGGAAUGCAUUUACAGUUGUUGAGCAAAUAAUCGGAGGAUCACGUAGCGGUGAGGAUAUCAAGGGAUACGUUAUAUUCGAUGUGGACAAGGACCAUCCUGCUCCGACGAAACCACCUGCUGGUUGUGCCGGUAUUGCUUUGAGCUCUCCAAACGUCAAGCAAUUCCAUGAAUGGUCCAAGCAAAACACCGCCUCAGAUAUUUACAUGAACUGUGAUACAUUGAAGGAUUUGGAAGCCAUACACAUAUCGAGAUGGGGGAAAAUUGCUCCUGCUUACAAGUGGAGUCCUCCAGUUGCAAAGGAGAAAAUUGAAAGUGAAUGGCAAGAAAUUCAAGCUCGCAUUCGUAUCGUUGGUCCACUGCUUCGUCAUAUUGGUCGUCUUAGUUCGUAUAAUAGGCAGGAGGGAAAGGUUCAGGAAGCCAUUGGCAAAAUGAAAGAUGAUGAUAUGAAUGAUUACGCUAAAUAUUUCCAAAACGCAGCUAUGUGGCAAACAGAUGAAGUAUCACACAAGUUAGUAGGGGUUGUUCGAGUGAAGGAGGAGAAGCUCCUGUGUGAAAUGUAUCGCUGCAGACCGCUUUCAUCUUACACGGGACAAGCUAUUUUAGACUUUCUGAUACCUUGGCUAACGGAUAAAUAUGCUGCAAUGUCUGCUCUGCUGUCUAACCGCGCUAUCGCCGCCUACAUGUUUGAGAAGAGUGGCAUUGAAGCAUUGUCGCAUGAGAAUACACUAACUGAGUUGGCAAGGGAGUUACAGGGCCUUUCAUUUGCUAGGAAUCAAAUUCCACAAAGUGUGCUGCAGGUGCUGCAAGAACCAAGACUCAUUGGUCCUUCGAUUGUGGUUCCUGAGGAUGUUCCAAUUGUAGCUGGAGCUGAAAUUCAAUACAUGAAAUUGUACAAGCCGCAAUCAAGGAGCUUCCCAGUUGUUGAUGCGUUCUUUUUCGUUGAGAGCCCGAAGACUUUUGUGGGACUGCAGUACACAGUUUCCGGUAGACAUCCCUGCAGCACCGGUGGGUUAUUUAAGAUGAAGAGGUAUUUGCGAAGUUACUUCCAAGGUUGGGACAAUUUUUCCAAUGAUAUGGUAUGGGAAAUAAUUUAUGUCCAAAGGGUUGACAGCGAAAAAAUUACGAAGCCGCAGUGCUGUGAAAGGACUGACAGAGAUGAAGGGCAAAAUAAUGAGGUUGAGGAAAGAUUUUGGAAAAGGGAAGUGCGUCAGUUCGCGGUCUCACUUUAUAAACACAUUAUUGCACUAUACGUUGAAUUGAAAACAAGAGGUGAAAAUAACAACGGAGUUAACAAUAGAGGUGGUAACAAUGCAUAG